GAUCCACACCCACAGUGAUUUGAUCUCACACUCAGUAAUGCUGUAAACAGUCUAUCACUGACAUUCAGGAGGUGAAGAUAUCGUUUCUUUAAUAUCACACACAGUGUCCUGAAAUAUAAAGAGAUGAAGAUUCUCUGGGCGAUGCUGCUGAUUUUCUCUGGCCUAAUGGAGACCCUGUCAGAGCGCUUUAAGGUUGUGGGACCAGCUGCUCCUCUUGUUGCUGUAGCUGGUGAAGAUCUGAUUCUGCCCUGUUCUCUCCAGCCCAGCAUCAGUGCUGAGGGUAUGAUGGUGGAGUGGUUCAGACUACAUGAGACAGACCCACUGGUUCACUUAUAUAUAAACUCUGCAGACAGAAAUGGAGAACAGAUGGAGACUUACAGAGGGAGAACAGCUCUGUUUAAAGAAGAACUGAAGAAAGGAAACGCCUCACUGAAACUCUCAGCUCUCCAACCUUCUGAUGAUGGAGCUUACACGUGUUUAAUUCGGGAUGUGGAUUUCUAUCUUGAUGAUGUAACGCUUUAUGUUGAAGUUAAAGGAAAAGGUUUUCAUGGUUGGAAGAUUGCCAUCAUCUGCAUUUUUGUUUUUGCUGCUAUUUUAGCUGCCUUUACUGCGUACGUCUUAAAAGAUAAAUACUCAAAAAAGCAGCUCUCUCCUACACAGUGCUCAGUUAUAUCCUACAUGCGUGUUCACUCCAAGAAUCCCAAGAAAGAGCUGGACCUGAGGAAAUUCAGCACAUCAGAGGAAGGACACAGGAGACUCAUCCCAGCUGUAUCAAACUGCAGGAAGGCUCAAUUAGCUGGCUGUAAUCUCACUGAACAGGCUAUUGAAACCUUAAGUACAGCUCUACAGUCAGAAAACUCCACCCUGAAAGAGCUGGACCUCAGUAACAACGACCUGCAGGGAUCAAGGAUGGAGAAACUCUCUGCUGCAUUAAAGAGUUCAAACUGUAAACUGGAGAUACUCAGGUUAUCUGUGUGUAAACUCAGUGAACACUCAUGUGAGAAUCUGCAGUCAGUUUUACAAUCAGAAAACUCCUCACUGAAAGAGCUGGACCUCAGUGACAACAACCUGGAGGAUUCAGGAAUGGAGAAAAUCUCUGCUGGACUGAAGAGUUCACAUUGUAAACUGGAGAUACUCAGACUUGCUAUGUGUACACUCAGUAAACAGUCCUGUAAUACUCUUCAGUCAGUUUUACAAUCAGAAAACUCUCUGAAAGAGCUGGACCUCAGUGACAAUGACCUGACGGACUCAGGAGUGGAGUUGCUCUCUGCUAAACUGAACAAUUCACACUGUAAACUAGAGCGACUCAGUCUUGCUAUGUGUGAACUCAGUGAAAAAUCCUGGGAGACCCUGCAGUCAAUUUUACAAUCAGAAAACAAUUCUCUGAAAGAGCUGGACCUCAGUAGAAAUGAACUGGAGGAUUCAGGACUGGAGAAACUCUGUGCUGGACUGAAGAGUCCUCACUGUAGACUGGAGAUACUCAGAAUUGCUUAUUGUAAUCUUCAAGGACUUUGCUGUGAAACUUUGGGAUCAGUUUUAAACCUGGAAAACACCUCCCUGAAAGAACUGGACCUCAGUAACAAUGACCUGCAGGAUUCCAUAGAGAAACUCUCUGAUGGACUCAAGAGUUCACACUGUAAACUGGAAACUCUCAGACUAGCUUUGUGUAAUCUUGGGGAACAGUCCUGUGAGAGUCUGGGAUCAGUUUUAAAACUGGAAACCUCCUCUCUGAAAGUGCUGGAUCUCAGUAAUAAUGACCUGCAGGAUUCAGGAGUGGAGAAACUCUGUUCUGAACUGAAGAGUUCACACUGUAAACUGGAGAUACUCAGGUUAUCUGGUUGUAUGAUCACAGAGAAAGGAUGUUUAUCUCUGGCUUUAUCUUUAAGUUCAAACCUGAAAGAACUGGAUCUGACCUACAAUAACCCAGGAGAGUCUGGAGUGAAGGAGCUCUCAAAUAAACUGAAGGAUCCACGCUGCAAACUCAGCACACUCAGAGUGGAGCAUGGAGGGAAUAUCAGAAUGAAAACAGGACUAAAGAAAUACGGCUGUGAUCUCACACUGGAUCCAAACACAGCGAACAGAUAUCUCUCUCUGAGUGAAGAGAACAGGAGGGUGGAGGAUGGAGAGGAGCUGCAGUCGUAUCCUGAUCAUCCAGAGAGAUUUGAUGGGUGGGAGCAGGUUCUGAGUAGAGAGGGAGUUACUGGACGCUGUUACUGGGAGGCUGAGUGGAGCGGAGGAGAACCUGAUGUAGCUCUGAGUUAUAAAACCAUCAGCAGGAAAGGAGGAGGUUCAGACUCUCGGUUUGGAGAGAAUGAAAAGUCCUGGAGUCUGAGGAUCGAUAAUAACAGUUACUCUGUUCAUCACAAUAAUAACAUCACUGCUCUCCCUCCUCCUCCCUCUCCCUCUAACAGAGUAGGAGUGUAUGUGGACUGUCCCGCCGGCACUCUGUCCUUCUACACCAUCUCCUCUCAUACACACACACCCUCCUCACACACACCCUCACACACACCCUCACACACACCCUCCUCACACACACCCACACACACCGAAACACUCACACACCUACACACAUUCUACACCACAUUCACUGAACCGCUCUAUGCUGGGUUUUUGGUUUAUUAUGGCUCCUCAGUGCGUCUGUGUGAUAUAGAAUAGUGUGUUUGUUUAUGUGUGUGUGAGAGAGAGAUGGAUUGUGAGUGAUGGUGUUUGUGUAAAAGUGUGUAUGUGCUUUUGUGUGAUUGUGUGUGCAUUUUAAGAGAGUGUGUGUGUGUGAGAGAGUGUGUGUUUUUGAUUGUG